UAAUAGUUGCUGCUUUUCCUUUAUGCUGUGCUCCAGAAAAUCACCUAAAUCAGAAUAUCAAUCAAAUCGCCCAUCUCAGAUGAUCAGCAGGUGGCGGUAAAUUCCUACAAGACGCCAAACAUCAGCGAACCCUAGAAGAAACAAGAUGGACUCGGGUGAGGGGGCUGUGAGAGGGGUCUUCACCUGCGAGCUGUGUGAAUUAUCUAGUCCCUACACUUUCUACGGUCAGAAACCCCCAAAUACCAGAGGCAUAGUGCUUUUGGAGGAGUGCUAUGGCAUGCGUGAUCCCUUCAGUCCAGAGAAAGAGAAAUUCCUAGUGUUGGGGUCUAAAUGUUGCCUGUGUAACAAGAUUGUGUGUGUCGGCACGGAGUGCAGCCUCUUCUACACCAAACGAUUCUGCUUACCAUGUGUGAGGGAACACCUGCACCAGUUUCCGGAGCAGAUUCAGACAGAGCUGGCUAAGAAAAAACCUACUCAGAAAUCUUGAUGUUCAACACCCCUGUUUUGUUCAAAAGGACAAUUAUGACACACUGGAUUAAAAAAACACUGGCUUUUCAAUCCCUUGUUUUGAGGUGCUUACAGAAUUAAAGCUUUCUUUUUGGAUGAAGUCUAAAGAGGCAGCAGUUUUUGAGCCAAACCUGCUUGACAGAUGGACUCCAGAAGAUGAAUGACAACAGACAUGCGGCCAAGUGUGCACGACAGUGUGUUUGUGGAGGCUCUGUGGAUGUGGCUCUGACUGUGUUGUUACUUUAUGGGUUCAAGUUCAGCUUUUUGUUGUUUCAAAGAACAGCCUGCUGGAUGACGCAUGGGUCACAUCUGUUAAGAAUGUAAGUGAGAAGUGGCUUGGCUUUCCUCUGAAACACACAUCUCUCCUGCAGCUCAGAUCCUGUUUGCAUUCAAAUAACAUGUAGAGAUGCCCGUGUGAUUGAUGGCGCUGAGGAGCAUCUGAGGCACUGAGCUGAAUUGUCACUGUUGGAAAUAAACUAGAAACUUAUUUUGGUUCUGAAAAUCACAGCUCAUUUUGGGACAUCUGGUACAGUGUGAGAUCAAUAUCAGACAUCUCAUAUUAAACAUAUUAAAGUGGAUUAUCUAUGUUUAAGAAAAUGUUGAAUUUGUGUGUCUGCUGUUCUACAAGACAUAUGCUCAGUUCUUGAUGCUCUUAAUGCCAAACAAAUUAAAUUCUUAUUUAUGCAUCAGUAGUUUAGCUUCCCUCGUUAGGUUCAGGUAUUUUGGCUCAAAGUGUUUUAUUAGCAAUAAGCAAGUCAAGUGAUUUUAUUGAAGAUCCUGUAUAAAUUGCAAUUAAAUUUUCUUCAGGCCUGUGGUGCAAUACACAACUGCAGCACUUUACACAGAGCAUCAGAGUUUAAAUACACAGACAUAUCAAAAUAUAAUUACCACCACAUUACAUGUCAGUCAUUGGCAUAACAAUGGUGUCCAACAGAUCAUUAAUGCCAGAAGGACCUUUGUGGGGCAAUCUGAGGAACCUCAAUACUCUGCUUCAAUUGCUCACCUAAAUUUAGGUAUCCUCCAGCUUAAUAUCUUAAUAUUUUAAUAUGACUGUCCACAAUAAAGAUAUAGGAUACUUAUACAGUGAAAAACUAAACAGGACAACCAGACAAUAUGCAGAUGUACACAGUAUAUGCAAACGUUUGCCCUCAGUUACAAUGAAUAGAUAAUGCAUAAAUCUAACAAUUAAUUUUCUGUUUUAAGAAAGAUUACUUUCAUUUCAAUAUUUAACAGUUUUGAUCCAGAAAUGUCAAUGCAUGGUCAGAACCCCUUUUGCACGUAUUCUAGCUUGUAAAUACUUGUUUUUGAGUUCUUAAGUUAUUAGAGAUUUGAGCUAAUGCCCCGCCAAUCUUUAAAUAUGCCUAAAAUGUGAAAAAAUAUUUGUUUGUCUUUUGAAAAUCCGUUCAUUGAAACAGAAACAGGCUUUUUGAUGAGGGGUACCCAAACUUUUGCAUGCUACUUUAUGUGGAUUAGGACAAAGUAGCAUUUAAGUGGAAGCAUGUCAGUCAUAGCAGCAUUUAAGGAUUUAAAGCACAGAGUCAGUGAUGUUUAAGUGCAUUUAUGACAGCACAUAAACCAUGUUCAUUCUUAAAACACUGUAAAAAAAAGUAGUUACAUAAAAUUACAUUAGACAUUGUGUGAAAAUGUGUAAACACUGAAACAAUAUAGAGUAAUGACUCUUUUUUUUAUGUUUGAAGACAUCUCCAGCGGUGUAGAAUGGAUGGAAUCCUUAAACAAAGCUAGAAAAGGGUUCAUAACAACGUUUUUAGCUUUAAAAAAAAUCAAUAACAAGGAGUGAGUGUUGUAUAUCCAGCCCUAGCCACUAGAUGUCAGUGAAAGUAUUUGUGUUGACGGUUUCCAGAUCAAAAUGUUUCUGGAGUGAGGUGAAGAGAGCAAAAUCAUGAAUUAUAUUAUUUACAAAAAAGAAAAUAAAUUUAAUACAAAUCAAGAAAGCUUUGAUUAAUAUUUAUAUAUAACUUAGAUAGGAUGAAUUUAAUAAGUUUGCUGUUGCUAGUUCACUUUGAAAAAAGACAGUCAGUCACUUAACCCUUUCAGACACAUUCCUUUCAAAAUGUCAGAUUUAGUCAUUAAAUUAUAACAAAUCAUUAAAUUAAAACAGAUUUGGGGUUCAAAUCUGUUUUAGAGAAAUGCCUGUCGAGAAAUGCCUGUGUAUAGCGUGUCUAUUAGUAGUGGCUCAGUUUGUGAAUUACAUUCCUGGCUGUAGGGGAAACUUAAUGCUGCUUUAAUAUUUGUGUUGUAGUUUAUUUUUAAAAUAUAUGUUUAGUGUUUUUAAUGUCCUCUAGGCCUAAUUGUACUAUGAUUGGCUCAUUUUUUACCUUUGCCCAUGCUCUUGCACUUGCUCAAAAUAUUUAAAGAAGUUAAAGGCCCAGUCACCAACUUGGCUUUAAAGACGGUUGCCUAUAAACAACCACAGCUUUACCAGUUUUACAAGUAAUGUCGCUUGUGUUAACCAUUAGAGUCGUUACAUGUCUUGUUCAUUAAGUCACAUACUGGCUUAUUCCUACACCAACCAUCAGGUUUCGCAACAGCAGUUACCCAUUAUUGAUAUGCAUUAUUAGAUUUCAUAAUUGCCUCGUUUGUCAUUAAACUGAUUCUCAACUGUU